AUGAGCAACGACACCAAAGUCCAACGCUGGCAGACCCGCCAAGACGGGCUCGACAAGCUCUUUCUCGCCACGGCGUCCUUGCCGCACCCCGGACCCGGCGAGGUGCUCGUCAAGAUCAGCGCCGUGUCUCUCAACUACCGAGACACCGAGGUGGCCAUGGGCCUCUACAACCACCACAAGACAAUCAACCCGGCUGAGACGGAGCCCCUGGUCCCGGCCUCCGACAUGUGCGGCGUCGUCUUGUCUGUGGGUGAUGGGGCUGAGAGGUGGAAGGUUGGCGAUCGCGUCGUGUCGAUUUUCAAUCAGACGCACAUUCGGGGCCAGAUCAAAGCGGUGGAUAUGAAGAGUGGUCUCGGGUUCCCGUUGGAAGGCGUCUUGCAAACCUACCGUGUCUUCUCUGCUGAGGGCCUGGUGAGGGCCCCCAAGCACCUUAGCGACGAGGAGGCUGCGACCCUCCCCAUUGCUGCUGUCACGGCUUGGAUGUCGAUCAACCAAUUCCGGCCCCUUGGUGAACCUGGUGGGCAGGGUGAGGUUGUGGUGUGUCAGGGGACUGGUGGUGUGGCUAUUUCGGGAUUGCAAAUCGCCAAGGCUGCUGGAGCCACCGUCAUCAUAACGUCUUCCUCAGACGCGAAACUGGAAAAAGCAAAGGCACUCGGGGCGGACUACACGAUCAAUUAUCGCACCACGCCCAACUGGGACGACAAGGUCAACGAGUUCACCAACGGCGAGGGCGCCAAUCUCAUCCUCGAGACUGGCGGGGCCAAGACACUGCGACAGUCUUUUGAGGCGAUCGGUUUUGGUGGGCAGAUUGCAUGCAUUGGGUAUCUCUCUGGCAAGGUCGACGAUGCGGAGGACCGUACGAACGUCAACCUACUCGCUCUGAAGAAGACAGUGACGCUCAAGGGUCUCAUCAACGGCCCGAGGGAGAGAUUCGAGGAGAUGAUUGACUUUUACGAGGACAAGGGCAUCAUGCCCGUUGUCGACCGGGUAUUCCAGUUCAAGGAGGCGGAUGAGGCCUACAAAUACCUCUUUAGCGGAGGACAUUUUGGCAAGGUUGUCGUCAAGGUCCAGGCAUGA